AUGGAAACAAAAAAAAAAGUGGUGAUUCCGAGACCUAAACCUCUUACCUCAGAAAAUGAUCCAUUGCAUAUAAUUAAAACAAGAAUGGUAACACAUAAUAGACCGGCAACAAUAGCGGGACCCAUGGUAAGAUAUUCUAAGUUACCAUUUCGUCAAAUCUGUCGUGACUAUAACGCCGAUAUCGUAUAUUCACCAAUGAUAUUAGCUCGUGAGUUUGUGAGGAAUGAACAUGCUAGGCAGGCUGAUUUUUCAAGGAAUUCUUCAGACACACCAUUAAUUGUUCAAGUUGGUGUCAACAAUGUUACCGAUUUGCUUAAAUUUUGUGAAAUGGUGGCUCCUUAUUGUGACGGUAUAGGUAUAAAUUGUGGCUGUCCUAUUAAAGAGCAAAUAAGAGAAGGUAUUGGUUGCGCUUUGAUUUAUAAUCCUGAUUUGCUCUCAUCAAUGGUGAGAACUGUCAAAGAAAAAUAUAAGGACACAUUAAGGUUGGAAACCAAAAUCAGAAUCCACGAUGACUUAGAUACGACGGUAGAGCUAUGUCGGAGAGUCUGUGAUGCUGGUGCUGAUUGGAUCACUAUUCAUGGAAGAACAAGAAGAACAAGAUCAUCUCAACCGGUCAAUUUGGAUGCAAUCAAAUAUAUAAUAUCGAAGAUUAAAGAUAAGAAUAUACCGGUCGUGGCAAAUGGAGACUGUUUCCAGUUAAGCGACGUUACCAGAAUUGCUGAUUAUACGGGCGCAAAUGCUGUAAUGGCUGUAAGGGGAUUAUUAGAAAACCCAGCCUUGUUUAGUGGGUAUGGAAGAUGCCCAUGGGGGUGCAUUGAACGAUUUUGGUAUAGAACCAUCGAAUAUACCUGUUUACCAUUCCAACUGACCCAACACCAUCUGUUUUGCAUGUUAGAAAAUAUGCAACUAUCAAAGUCAUUACUUAAAGAAUUAAUGUCUACGAAAAGUUUACCUGAAAUGUUGGAUUGGUUUGAGGAUAAUUUUGAGUUGAAGAGAUAUGGUGAAAAAGGAUUCGGAGAACGUGUCGAAAUACCAUACAUUAAGAUAGAAUGA